ACCUCAGUUUCUAGAAAGAACGUGAUUUACCCACAGUGGUCUGGUACAUAGUGGUUAGAUUUUUUUAUUUGCAAUUUUGUAAACAUGAAAUCGAGUCUAUUUCAAGGUUCAGACGUGAUUAAAUAAAUCCUAAAUGAAAUGUAUCAUUCAAUUUAUACAUUAAAUUCAAGAAAAUCUUUUAAAUCGUGAAAGAAAUAUAUUUUAAAUCUGGACACUCCCCCGUUUCUGCCAGUAAGUGGUAUGGUCGGCAGUAUAAAAAGUGGGCGCGGCGUGGCUGACAGAAGCUAACAGACGUUUUAUCAAAGCGGACAAGAAUUUGCGACAACAUUGUGCCCAUUAGUUACUAAAAUUUGAAAAAAUGGAGUGGACCCCGAUGGAAAUCAACCCUGAGAUGCUGAACAAGAUUAUGAGCAAACUUGGUGUUGGUGACAGCUGGCGCUUUGUUGAUGUGCUUGGAUUGGAGGGCGAGCAACUUUCUGCUGUGCCAAAACCAUGCUGUGCCUUGAUGCUGCUCUUCCCACUCACACAACAGCAUGAAUCUUUCAGAGCCCAGCAGGCAGACAAGGUCGACGAUGGAUCUGAGGUUUAUUUCUUAAAGCAGAAAGCGGGCAACUCCUGUGGCACCAUCGCUCUGCUGCACGCUGUGGCCAACAAUAAAGACAAAAUGGCUUUCGAUGCUGGAUCUGCCUUGAAGAAAUUUCUAGAAGAGACUGCAAACAUGUCUCCUGAUGAUCGAGCCAAACAUCUGGAACAGAACAAGGCCAUCUAUGAUGCUCACAAUGAAGUUGCUAUGCAGGGUCAAUGCCGGCCAGAGGCCGACAAGAUCAACUUCCACUUUAUUGCUUUCAUAAACGCCAAAGGAAAUCUUUAUGAAUGUGAUGGGAAAAUGGACGGACCAGUAAAUCACGGAGAGACAACCGAGGAAUCUUUUCUCGCGGAUGCAGCCAAAGUGUGCCGUGGCUUCACGGAAAGGGAAAAAGACGAAGUUCGCUUUUCUGCUGUGGCGCUCUGUCGGAGUUAAAUCUAGACAAACAUAAAAAAAGAAACGUUCUUCAGGCUUCUUAUGGCUGCACAGUUAAAAGUGCCCAAUUAAUCUAUGUAUGACAUGCAUAUGACUAAAGUUCACUAUAAAGGCCAUUUUCUGAGCUCGAAACACUGUCGCCCUUACACGUUUUUCUUGUUCCAUUUAAUCUAGAUAUCAAUACAAUCCCUGUUUGACUUGAGAUGGGAUCUGAAAAAGUUUAAGGCUACUCUGAUUACAAACCUUUCCUAUUUGUUACCAAAGUGACUUUUGUGGAAUGAAUUCUUAAAUUAAGAGUCGAACUUAUUUCCAAAUGUUAACAAUUAGUUUCUGAAAUAUUUUUGCUUUACAUGGAAACAUAGCACUUUGUCAGAAGGUUAAUGAUCUGCUUCCACUAACUGUAAAUUAACUUUGGUUGCCAUAAUGCCACAAUUUGAGCUUUGUCCGUCCUUUUACUGAGGAUUUUUUUCCACAUAUAGGCUGUGUUCAAACUGUUUGCUUCAGUGCACUUUAACAACUUUGUGUGUUGCUGUUGCGUCCCAUGGCUGCAAGACAAUUCAAUAAAAUGGGUGGAAAAUGUAAACCCCAUAUAACGCA